AUGGCCUCGGCGGCGGCGGUGGCGGCAACGACCGGCGAAGCGGAAGAGACCACCCGGCUGCGCAAGCCGCGCUUCUCCUUCGAGGAGAACCAGAUCCUGAUCCGGGAGGUGCGCGCUCACUACCCGCAGCUGUACGGCGCGCAGAGCCGUCGGGUGAGUGUGGCCGAGCGGCGUCGCGUGUGGGACGGCAUCGCCGCCAAGAUCAACGGCAUCAGCAGCUGGAAGCGCACCGGCCAGGAGGUGCAAAAGCGCUGGAACGACUUCAAGCGGCGCACCAAGGAGAAGCUGGCCCGCGUGCCGCACUCCACGCAAGGCACCGGGCCCGCCGCCGAGGACGCCUUCUCCGCGGAGGAAGAGACCAUUUUUGCCAUUCUGGGACCCGGCGUCACGGGGCCAGGAAUUGAGGAGGAGCCCGCGGCGGCGUCAGCGUUGGCGGCGGCGGCGGCGACUGCGUCCCCGCAGCCGACCGCACCCGGCGCCGGCGCCGUCGCUUCUCGCUAUGCGCUGUCGGACAGCCGCAGGGAGGAGCGGCGAGCAGAAGCUCCAGCCCACGGCAAGGGUGGCUCCAGCAGUCCGCAGCCCUGGGCCCGGCCUCCAUCCAGCCAUGCCCAGGAAGGGGGCUGCCCACGGCCCAAGGAGCGUGAGUGCCCACCCUCUGCAGCCCCCCAGCCCGUCCAGCUGCCCCGGCUGGCCUUGUCUCCACCCCCCUCGGCCCCUCCUCCACUGCCACCCGCAGCACCUGCACAAGUGGCACUCUCGCCACCUCCGAGGCCUCCAUCCAUGUCCUCCAACCCAGAACCCUCACUGGACUUCCUGCGAGCUCAGCAGGAAACCGCCAGUGCCAUCCGGGAGCUGGCGGACACCCUGCGGCAGGGACUGGCCAAACUGAGCGAGGCUCUCAGUGCCCUGCUGCCCCUCCUGCCGGGAACCCCAGGGGAGCCACGGGCCUCACCUCCACUGCCACCGCCUCCGCUGCCGUCCCCGCCGCCCCCACCCCCUCCUGGGCCUGUCCUGCCCCCGCCUGCCCCCAAGGUGGAGCUCAGCCCGGAGCCCGUGUCCGUGGUAGCUGCUGUAGUGGACGGAGCCGUCGUGGCGAACCGGGGGGUGAUCAUCGCCCCCAGGAGCGAGGAAGGGGCACCCCGGCCGCCCCAAGCAACCCUGCCUCCCCACGACUCGCCCCCACACAAGAGGCGAAAAGGUUUCCCCACGCGGAAGAGGCGGGGCCGAUGGAAAUCGCCUUAAGGUUCAUUUUGCUGCUCUGCCUGCAUCCCCCUUGGUCCCCAGCUUGGCGCGGGCGCGGGGCCGAGCGCCCCCAGCC